CGAGGAGGCGGAGGCAGAGGAGGAGGAAGCCGGAAGUGGAUCGGCCUGGGUCGGUACGGGCGUUGCGGGAUUGGGGCCUGGGAUCGCUCGGCCCCGGGCAGCCGAGAAGCCCGUGACGGGGCGGAGCGGCGCCAUCCCAGUCCUGAGGCCUGCUGACCGGCAGGCUCUCGUGCGCGCCCGGCCGGAGGUCGGCGGCGACCAGCAGCGACCGCAGAGCGACGGCCGGCGGCCCCGGGCAUGUACGCCCCCGGAGGCGCAGGGCUGCCCGGCGGGCGCCGACGGAGGAGCCCAGGAGGCAGCUCUCUGCCCAAGCAGCCGGAGCGCAGCCUGGCCUCGGCCCUGCCCGGCGCCCUGUCCAUCACCGCGCUGUGCACAGCCCUUGCCGAGCCCGCCUGGUUGCACAUCCAUGGAGGCACCUGUUCCCGCCAAGAACUGGGGGUCUCGGAUGUUCUGGGCUACGUGCACCCGGACCUGCUGAAAGAUUUCUGCAUGAACCCUCAGACAGUGCUCCUGCUGCGGGUCAUCGCUGCCUUCUGUUUCCUGGGCAUCCUGUGUAGUCUCUCCGCAUUCCUUCUGGAUGUCUUCGGGCCCAAGCAUCCAGCCUUGAAGAUUACCCGUCGCUAUGCCUUCGCCCACAUCCUCACCGUCCUGCAGUGUGCCACUGUCAUCGGCUUUUCUUACUGGGCUUCCGAACUCAUCCUGGCCCAGCAGCAGCAACAUAAGAAGUACCAUGGCUCCCAGGUCUACGUCACCUUCGCCGUCAGCUUCUACCUGGUGGCGGGAGCUGGUGGUGCCUCAAUCCUGGCCACGGCAGCCAACCUCCUGCGCCACUACCCUACAGAGGAAGAGGAGCAGGCGUUGGAGCUGCUCUCUGAGAUGGAGGAGAAUGAGCCGUACCCAGCAGAGUAUGAGGUCAUCAAUCAGUUCCAGCCGCCCCCGGCCUACACUCCGUAAUGCCAAGCGGAGGUGCUCUUCUAGGGCCAUUCCCCUUCCCCUCUCCGGCUCCUCCUGUCCCCCCGGGGAGCUCCUGUCCCCAGCCGGCCUCACUGGUAGGAUCCUGACCAUUGCUGCACCUUCCCCACGAGAGACUUUGCCUUUAGGGCUGUCCAUGUGUCCCUGCUCUCAGAACCUGGGACUCACGGUUUUCUAGAAUGCAACUGUUUCCCCUCCUGCCACCCUCUGCGCCCUUCCUGCUCACUAGUUAUUACAAACUGGGGAUGGUCAGACGAGUUUCCUCCCCUUGUGGGCCACAUCUUCGGGGCUGAGACUUUCCUUGGGGAGCUGCUGAUAGUGGCUUUCCCCAGAGAAGUGUCGCUGGGGCCUAGGGGAGAGGGGACGGUG